AUUUGAAAACAAUUCAUUGAAAUAUUUCGUAACAACAGAAGCAACACUUACAUCAAUUCUCAAUCGUUUUAUUCUUGAUCAACAAUUAAAAUUUAAUCCAUCUGAAAAUUAUUUUAGUGUAUUUGAUGUAUUCGGACGAUACAUUGCUGACGAUUGUCAAAUUACAAGUCUUUUUGAUUCUAACGAACAAACAUCGAUUCAUAUUCGAGUUUUUCAAUGUAAUACUAAGAAUGUUAAUAUUUGCUAUGAAGUGACUCUUAUAACAGAUCAAGAUGAAAAACAAAGUCAAUACUUCAAUCCAUUAACAACAUGGAAACAGAUUAGUUUAUGGUUGAAAAUUCUCGAUAUCAAUAGAGAAACUCCAAUUGAGAGUUACAAUUUCUGGAAUAUAGAACAACAAUAUAUUAUUGAUUCAAAUCAGACAAUAUCUUUUAUACUUGAUCAAGCUAAAUCUAUCAUUGUUGAUGUUGUCAAUGGAGAAAAUCUUAUUGAUAUAAUUCUUUCCUAUGAUAAAAAUAAUCAAAAUAUUCAUAUUCUUAAAUCAUGUCCAGUUUAUAGUCUUCUAAAAAAUCCAAAAUAUUUAAAUCAAUUAGAUCUAAAAGUAUUCUCUCAAGAUGAUUAUAGUCUAGUUCUCAUCGUAGAUGAAUCAGAAAAGAAGAUUCUUAACAAAUUAGAUAUGGAAAAUUCGAUUAGUCACUAUGCUUCAAUGACAAACAAACUGAUCCAUUUUCAAAUUAUAAUUUUAAUUCAAAUCGUUCAAUAUGAUGAUCAAAAAGAAAUAUCAAUUUUGAUUUCUCAUCGAAAUCUAACAAUUAAACAAUUAUUAGAAAUGAUUAAAAUUAAUAAUAGUCAUAUAUAUUUAGCAUCCUAUAAAACUAAAAUGAUCUUAUCUGAAAAUACAAAAUUAUCUACAAUAAAUGAAAUGAAAUUUUUCUUGAUAAAAGAACAUCAAACAUGUCUUGUAACCAUUGAACAAUUAAAUGAUACAUUCGUAGCAAUUAAUGAAGAGAAUAUGGAAAAUCAAUGA